AUGGAGAUUUUUGGACAUUUUAUCAAAAAACGACAAAUUGGUGGCUGGUGUGAAAAUGGAUAUCGUGAGUUUUCAUUUUUUUUAUUUUUCUUAUGAAAAUUUAGCCCGGAAUUUUGAUGAAAAUUAAAUCAGAAAAGCAUUCUUCAGUAAGCUGCAAUUUUGAAAAAUUUCGUUGUAGAAAAUUUCAAAACAUAUUAUUUUUGCGGAAUUUCAACAAUUUACAGUCUUGGUAAAAUUCUGACAUAUAAAAUUGUUAUUAUUUUGAAAUCUCACCAUAGAUUUUGAAAUUUCAACUAGGUCCUCGGUUAUUUUGAAAUUUUCUGAACCUUAUAUAAAUGUUCUUUUUUCUAUGAACAAUGAUCUGUGAAGUUUAACUUUUUCAUUUUUCAUUUUCAAACACAAAAUCGACAUUCAAAUAUUCACAAAAUAUUUUUUUUCUAAGAAGGAAAGUCUUUUGAUGUUCCCCCCUGAAAUAAAAUGAGACUAGGUGGAAUCAACUACAUAUUGAUAGGUAAGAAAAAGCCCAACGGGAUUAAGGAAAUAAAAAUCUAUUUCAGGAGUUACGGUAACUCCUCAAAUUUUGAGACAAAAAAGCCUAUGAUUUCAAAAAAUCGUAGUUUGGCUCAAAGUUAACGAAAAUGAUCGGUCAAAAAUGCAUUUUGAUGCUGAAGUGCUCAAUUUUUUAGUUAAAUGGCGCUCGUAAUCUCAAAAAAUUUUUCAAAAUGAAAAUUUUUCAAAAAAUGACCCCUUUCUCAAAAUGUUGAAAUUUCACCUCAAAAACGCUACGAGGGAAGAACGACGUCCGACGUACCGAGUUCUACGUCAAAAAUUACGUAUAUUGACAUAUUUAAAUAUAAUAUCUACCGACCUUUUAACCUGGGAAAAAAAUGAUUUCAAAAUUUUUCACACAAAAAAUCAUGUUUUCUCAGAAUAAAAUCAUAUUUUUGAAACAGUAAUCUUUAUUUCUUUGUUAUUUUUUGCUCAAAACAUAUUUUCUGAUUGUUUUUCACCUUUUUGUAUGAUUUCUGAAAAAUUAAAAAAUUUCAGAUUUUUAUAUCAUCGAUUUUGAACCACUUCGAAAAUUGAAAAUCAAUUAUAGUACGAUGAUAGAAGUUAAGGACUUUUUUGGACGCAUCACAUCUUUUUUUGCACCUGGGAAAAACACUUUUAAUAAUAUAUCUGUCAAUGGACAAUUUCAGAGACCUUUGAAAAAAUUAUCGAUAAAAGUUGUUUCAUUAAAUAAUUCUUGCCAUUUUUUCUCAAGACGAUUUUUUUCAUCUGGGAAUUGGAAGUUCAGAUAUAUUAUUAAAAGUGUUUUUCCCAGGUGCAAAAAAAGAUGUGAUGCGUCCAAAAAAGUCCCUAACUUCUAUCAUCGAACUAUAAUUGAUUUUUAAUUUUCGAAGUGGUUCAAAAUCGAUGAUAUAAAAAUCUGAAAUUUUUUAAUUUUUCAGAAAUCAUACAAAAAGGUGAAAAACAAUCAGAAAAUAUGUUUUGAGCAAAAAAUAACAAAGAAAUAAAGAUUACUGUUUCAAAAAUAUGAUUUUAUUCUGAGAAAACAUGAUUUUUUGUGUGAAAAAUUUUGAAAUCAUUUUUUUCCCAGGUUAAAAGGUCGGUAGAUAUUAGAUUUAAAUAUGUCAAUAUACGUAAUUUUUGACGUAGAACUCGGUACGUCGGACGUCGUUCUUCCCUCGUAGCGUUUUUGAGGUGAAAUUUCAACAUUUUGAGAAAGGGGUCAUUUUUUGAAAAAUUUUCAUUUUGAAAAAUUUUUUGAGAUUACAAGCGCCAUUUAACUAAAAAAUUGAGCACUUCAGCAUCAAAAUGCAUUUUUGACCGAUCAUUUUCGUUAACUUUGAGCCAAACUACGAUUUUUUGAAAUCAUAGGCUUUUUUGUCUCAAAAUUUGAGGAGUUACCGUAACUCCUGAAAUAGAUUUUUAUUUCCUUAAUCCCGUUGGGCUUUUUCUUACCUAUCAAUAUGUAGUUGAUUCCACCUAGUCUCAUUUUAUUUCAGGGGGGAACAUCAAAAGACUUUCCUUCUAAAAAAAAGUUCAAUAAAUGAAAUGACGUGUUUUCCCGAACAAUUAAAAACGUUCCUUUCUUCAUUGAAAACGUUUUCAGCAUACCCUGCAAUGUGUCCCGGACCUUCAGACCCGGAAUAUUUGAAAUAUUGUUGCACAUUCUUCGGCCAACCAUCUUGUUGUCAAUAUCCGAUUCAUGAUGGAAUUUUGAUUGGAUCUUGUUUUGCUUGUAUUGUUUUGUUUAUAUGUAAGUUUAUAUUUUUUAAACAGGAAGUUCUUAUGAGGUGACAUUUUUUCAAACAUUUUUUGACAGGAAAUGUUUAUUUUAGAUCAACAGUUCAGUAAAUUGAUUUGUUUAUUUGGUAUUAUUGGUUAGGAAUUUUUAAUAAAAAAAAAGUAAUGCAUUUUUUUUAUUGGAACAAAUUACAGUUUGACGAUAAAAACUGUCAAAAUAAUGUUUCUUUGUUGCUUGGCAUUUAUUGUUUAUUAAAAACUCUUAUCAAUAUAAUUUCCAAGUUUCCGGCUGUGAAAAACCAAACUGACCAAAUUUUUAACUUAAAUAUUAGUACAAUAACAAUUUCAGUCCAAAUUAAUGUAAAUCCGAAAUUUCCAGUGUUCAUCGGAUUGUAUUGCUGGUGUUGGCCUGGAAGUCGUCUAAAUCGUCGUCGAAUGCGAAUGAAAUUCCCACAAAAUGUGGCAGCUGAUGAAAAUUUCCAUCAAAGAAGAAACUCGUAUAAAUCAAGCAUCAACUUUUGA